GCGAGCUCUGCUUUGUACUGUAAACACAGUAAUCGUAGUGGAUAAAAGUUAUUUUGUGUAUCAGAUGCGUUAGGAGUAAGUUGCUUUCAAUUUUCGUCCGAGUUUAACGUCCGAUAUCAUCGUUAGGCACUGCAUCAGACAGACAGCUAGCUGGCUCCUGCCAGCAUGAAACGAGCCGUGUGUCUAUGCCCGAGUUCCAAUUGCUUACUCUACCUGUAAUGUAAAAUCGUAUUUUUUCAACUUUACGCAGCACAAUAUGAUGGAAUACCCAGUCGCAAAACCAAACAUACGAUUCGAGACGAUUAAUUUUAUCUUUCCACAGCGGUCUAUGAUGAUCUAUGCACUCAACAAAUAUUGCUCUUAGUGCUGUAGUAAAAUUGUAACGACGUGAAAAAGACCAAAUCAAUUGUAUUUUCAACUUGCCGGUAAUAUCGAGUCCAUUUAACGCACGUUUGGCAUAGUAAGUCGAAAAUAAUUAUCUCGAGCAUUAGUAUUUAAUAAUGGCUUUACAAGCGAUGAAUUAAAGGACUGAUUGAAAAGCUGAACGCAGAUGGAUCCAUCGAGUCAUGGCGAAAAAGCUCAUUCCGGGGGAGCUGCUUCGGGUGGUAGCACUUCGCAGCAACAGCCAGAAUUUAAGCCUUCACCCCCUCUGCAGCUUUCUAUGCAGGAACUUCUCGCUCAGCUUGAUGAGUACCAGCCAACGAUUCCAGACGCUGUCACGAGUUAUUAUAUGAACACAGCUGGCGUCGAGACAUCGGACCCAAAAGUGAUUCGCUUAAUUUCUCUUGCCGCACAGAAAUUCGUCGCUGACAUAACCAACGACGCCCUCCAGCAUUGUAAGAUGCGUGGUGCUGGUCAGUCCUCCAAAAAGGCUCUAAAGGACAAAAAGUACGUUCUGACAACUGAAGACCUUACCUCGGCGCUUAGCGAGUACGGCAUCCAGGUUAAAAAGCCAGCCUACUAUAAUUAAAGAAAUACCGCGACUGAACCGUGUUGGGUCAAUUCUUUGCGCGUCCAAGUGCCUAACAUCUUGCGUUCGCUAAUGAUUGAUUCUAUGUAACGAAAUUGCGGCGACUGCGACAGAUUGUAAAAAAAUUGACGGCAAAUAAGUAAAUCACACCGUAUUAGAGCACUUGGAUACGUAGCUCGUCGGCCUCUUCAUCGUCCACAAUCACACAAUCACUGGUAUUGACCAGGUUUAAUUUCUCCCACAAACCUGUGGUUUUUUUGAUUUUUUGACUCUUACCUAAACACAUGUUUGAGUGACGGAAUAUGAGACAAGGAUGAAAAUGGUUCAAUUGUCUGAAAAAUCGAAAACGUUCAUUCUGUGUCGCCCAACGCUUGUACUGGGCUCGGCAUAGAGUUGGCCAAGGGUCUAGAAACAUGUAUGCUUGUAUGUAAUUCAACUGUGUAUCUAAGUAAUGAUAAAAAGGAGAAAAUACAGAGUUAAGUCGAUACCAUUCGCAGAGCCGACGGUAUUGACAAAAGCAGCAGGACAUGAAUUUAAAAUACCUAUCUACUACAUAGGAGUGUCAGAGUGCGUGAAGAAAUGCGUAAUCCCUGGAUGACACGGCCGACACGGACAAAAAUCUCCAAAACAACCAAAAAAAAAGAAACAUUCAUUUUCUUUAAGUGGUGUUAUCCUGAAAAAUUUAGAGAUUACUUGAAGUUGUUAUAAAAA